CCUGUAUACCUGUUAAACCCCUAAUAAUAAUGCAUUGACUCGCACAUAAAGUAUUUUUCUCAGAGCUCCAGCACUGAGACCUAGUUGUGUUGUUCAGCAGGCAGGGAGGAUAAGUCUCUCCAGCAGGGAGAAGGCUAAAGACACGACCUCGCUCGGCUCUAUCUGGGUCCUCUUUUUCAGGAGCACUGAGGCAGAUCACAUUGAGACUAAUGGGAGAUGACCGGCUUUGUUGCAGCACUCUUUCACUGGUUCACGGGCUCGGGAUGGCAGGCCACUGUCAGGCUCGCUUAAGGAUCGCGGGGCACGUAUAGCGCGCCUCUUUAUGUAAUACAGUGGGCCAGGGCUAAAAAUAGAGCUCUCCUGCCGUUUCAGCAUCAGACUGGCCCUUGUUUAAAGUGAUCUCAUCAGCAUAGUCAGAUAGUACCCCGCUGUGUGGCAGGCAUGAGUAUAGGCAUUCGCAGCGAGGGCGGCAUCUCAGGAGAGUGCACGGAUCAAUUCGGUCCUGGAGAACACCUGUCGAUUGAGACUGAACUUUCAGAGCAGCAGCUGCUUCAGUAAUAAUAGGACCCUCAGGAAUUCUACAGCUUCAGGUCACAUCAGGUCAGGUCAAGCAAUCCGGGAGACUGGAUCCUCCAGAAGCCACAGUUUUCUUUCUAGAGUCACUAUGAAGACCAGAGAGCAUCACUGCAGCUUCUGACGGGGAUACUGUAACAGGGAUGUGUGAAAGGGACCUGUUAGGAAAGCCCCGGAUCACCCAGGAAAGGCGAGUUUCCCAGUGAGGAGUGUGUGAAGGGGCUCGUUCCCCUUGACCCGCUCGCUCUCUCUCUGGAGGAAUGGUGUUCACAGGAGGAUGUGCAACAGUCAGAAGAUUGUCUGGAGCCUGGUGAUGAUCUCGCUGUUCGAGACAGGUGUGGGAGUGGCCAGCGUCAUCCUGGGAGUGCUGGAGCUUCAGGGUGUGGUGCAGCAGACCCACCUGUCCACAGCUACACCCAUAUGGAGCGGCGUGUUUUUCCUGCUGUGUGGACUCUGUGGGCUGCUGUGUGCCAGGAAGAGAACUGGACUGACAAUGAUCCUGUUCUCCGCCUGCUGCAUAUGUGGGCUAAUCGGAGGCAUCCUAAAUAUUCAGUUUGUGCGGGGGUAUGCCCGGCGGAUGGACGCGGUGCCCCCCCUGCACCUGGCCUCGCUCUCUCUGGCCUGCAUCGGCAUCGGGGGCUGCAUCCUGUCCACCUGGCUGACCUGUCGACUGGCCAGCAGCGAGCAGCAGAGGAUGUUCAUAGAGAGGGAACUUUCCCUUCACCAUUCUGUGGAGAUGGGAGAGAAGGUGAAGAACAUGCAAGGCCAGUGGCAUGGGGAGCAUUUUGACUGAUGGAAUGGAAGAAUGGACUGAAGCAAAUACAGCAGCAGUGAAUUCUGGAAGUGAACAUUAAAUAUCUCAUCAUCUGUGCAAAGAAUUGGAGAUGAAAAAGGGGGAAACUUCUACAGAAGGAAAAGGAUCCUGAUCACAUCAAAAUAAUUCACUCUGGACUACCUCAUGAGGAGCAAACUCAAGGAUCUGCCAUGCCUCUCAGAGUCCCCUGACCUGAAUCCUCAAAUGUUCAUGAAUUGACUCAAUGACCUCAGAGGACUAGAAGCCAUUUUGCAGGAGGAAAGGAUGAAAAUGCCAUAAACAAGAACUGAAGAACUGUUGGCUGCUGCAAAAAAUGUCAACUACAUGAAGGACUACCAGAAAAUGUUUAUGUUAUGACUAUCUCAGUUUUCAAGUCACAUAUUCCUCCUUUCUUUACUUAUAUCGUUGCUGUCCAAUGAAAAGCAAGUGUCUCCAAAACAGCAACUUUACAGGAGAGAGAAAAAAUCGUCUUCAAUUUGAAUGGAAGUCAAUGUAAAAAAAGAUUACAUUACAUUUGGCAGACGCUUUUGUCCAAAGCGACUUACAAUAGUCAAGUACAAGGUAAUAGAAGUUUAAAGGUAAAACAUCUUUAGAUAGGGCUUAAAGGAGGUCAAAGGGAAAUAAUAGGACAGAGGAGUGAAGGAGGGGAAGAAGGAAAAGAGGUUAGAGGUAGUUAGUGUGUUAGAGGUGUUAAGAGAGUAAGUGCUCUUUGAAGAGCUCUGUUUCUUAAAGAUAGAGAGGUUUUUUUUUUUCGCAUAACUCAUAUGUCAUGAUUGAAACUCAGGACCAAAAAUGGAUGUGCUCUGCCAAAGUUGCUUGUCUGUUUGCAUGGAUAAUUCUAGCCAGAUACUGCCAUUACAUUACAUUUCAGAUAAUUUCGUUUUUUCUUUUAAAGAGUUUCUAUUGGUCCGUUCAUCAAGACAUUCUGACACGGUGUAAGGGACAGUUUGUGUGUUCAAGGUAUGUAGAAAAAUAAAAAUCUUCACAAAUGGAUAUACUUGGUUUUCAUUGGAGAGCAACGAUAUGCACAUAGAACCAAAAAGAAAGUGAGUCUCUGUAACAGGGCUGUAGAUACGUGGCUUCAUUAACACACAUAUAGAUUCUUUUAAACCUUUUCUCGCAUGUUGGUCACUACAAUGAACAGCUAUUUAAAAGUCAUUAUUUUCUAUGUGUGUUUGUUUUACUGUUAUUGAUGCAUGACAGUCUUUAAAUGGGACUUUGAAACAGCCCUGCACCAUGUGACCAAUAACUGCAAGUGCAACGAACCAUACGGUAAACACUCUAUCACAGGGGUCACUAAUAGGCGGACGGCGGUCCGGAUCCGGACCCAGACCAAUAAACUACAGAGAAGGAUUUAUUUCUGACUGCGUUCAUUUAAAGUGGUGGAACGUUAGAAGUGGGAGAAUAAAGCGAGAAAAGCUAAUACAGAUGGUGCGCACCAGAAAAAAAAAAUUAAAAUACUACCUUUAAAAAAACAUACUAGUACUAGAGUUACUUUGAGGAAUUAAUGAGAAACAACCGAGACAAGAGUGCAAAAUAUUCCACUUUACUCCACCUGAUCAGAACUCCUCAACAAGAAAAAAAACUCCCUCGCUUGCAGGAGCGCUCUCUCUCUCUUUGCUCCCAAAACAACCCUACCUCAACACUAAGGCAACCCCCAGGGGACAAAAAGCAUUGGCAACUUCCCCCAUCAGUUUUACCCACAACAUAAUAAAGUAUGCUACAGUAAUAAUAUUAAAUAAAAUAAACUACUGGUUUUAAAAACAGCUGAUAUUUUGGCCAAGUUCAGCAAACAUUUCUCUAUAUAUUAUACGAUUUAUCAUUCAUGUAAUUAU